CCCAGGUGCACUCCCCUGACCGACCGAGCGCGAGCUAUAUAUAAGAUCGAUCCACACCAGCACCACCCAUAGCACACUUGAGCACACAAUCACUGGCACCGAUUGUGUGGCACAACAUCUCGUCGAUUUCCACGUCGAGAGUAGCUAGCGAAGCCGCCAUAUGGCCGCGAUGAUCACCGGCGGCGCGCGGCGGGCGGCUGUGCUCGCGGCGGCCGCCCUCCUGUGCGCCGCCGCGGCCGCGCCGGCCGUGGCGCAGCAGGCGUCCAACGUGCGCGCGACGUACCACCUGUACAACCCGGCGCAGAACGGCUGGGACCUGAACCGCGUCGGCGCCUACUGCGCCACCUGGGACGCCGGCAAGCCGCCGUCGUGGCGGCAGCAGUACGGCUGGACCGCCUUCUGCGGGCCCUCGGGGCCCAAGGGCCAGGCCGCCUGUGGCCGCUGCAUCCGGGUGACGAACCGCGGGACGGGCGCGUCGACGACGGCGAGGGUCGUGGACCAGUGCAGCAACGGCGGCCUCGACCUCGACUUCGAGACGGUGUUCAAGAAGAUCGACACCGACGGCCGCGGAUACCAGAUGGGCCACCUCGACGUCGACUACCAGUUCGUCGGCUGCUGAGGUCCAGCGCCGUGUGACCAUGGUGAUGAACACUAUAUAUAUAAAUGCACGCAACCGGAUGGCAGGAGUAUCUAAUCCAUAUCACAGUAUCAGAGAGGUGUGGGAUAAGAUGGGAGGAAGGCCACAAGCCUGCAGCUGCGGAGGCAGGCCUCAGACCUGUAACCAAUGUAGUACACCCAUAAAUAAAGUAUGCUUUUUUGUAUAUUUA